AUGAUUAUUGACUGUAAACUUGAAAUGCCUGCUAUGACUCCUGCCGGUCAAGAACGUUUUUUCAGUAUCGCUAAAAGUUAUUAUCGUAAUGCCUCUGGAAUAAUCCUUUUUUACGACGUAACACAAGCGAAUUCAUUUGAAAACAUAAAUAAAUGGUUGCGUACUAUUGAUGAGCAUCUAUCGGAUGAUGUUGUGAAAAUGCUAGUAGGUAAUAAAUGUGAUAUGGUAGAACAAUGCUGUGUCUCUCGUGAACUUGGCGAAUCAUUAGCACGUAAACACAAUAUACCAUUCUAUGAAACAUCGGCUAAAUUUAAUAUUAAUAUUAACGAGAUAUUCUUCGAAAUGGCUCGAAUUAUUCUACAAAAGAAUUAUUAA